AUGGUAGUGAUGGGUUUGUCAAAAGGUAGAGUGAAAGCAUGGUUCAAUAAGAAAAUCACCGAUCCUCUUCUCCACAUCUUGCGUAGAGGUACUGAGCCUAAGCAGCUGGCUUUCUCUGCCGCACUCGGUAUUACCUUGGGAAUAUUUCCAAUUUGCGGUGUUCCUGUGUUUCUUUGUGGAGUAGCUAUUGCAUUUCUUGGAUCUGCUUGUCAUGCUCCAACCGUGAUGCUAGCUAAUAUCAUUGCCACUCCUCUAGAACUAGCUCUGGUGGUGCCUUUCUUACGACUUGGUGAAAAAGUCACCGGUGGUCCUCAUUUUCCUUUGACAUCAGAUGCCCUUAAGAAGGUUUUCACUGGCCAAGCCUCCCAGGAAGUCUUUUUAAGUAUCGGUAACGCGUUACUAGGGUGGCUUGUAGCAACUCCAUUUUUCUUUAUUGCGCUAUACGUUGUCUUGCUUCCAUGUUUCAAAAUCCUGGUCCGCAAGUUUGGCGCCGUUGCUUCAACCCCAAAGACUCCUACAAGUAUUGACAUAGAACUCAACCCAAAGCCAAGAUUCGCUUGAUUUCAACAAGAGUUCUAUUAUCAACACCGAACUCUUGAAGUGUAACACUAAUGUAUAGGGUAUACACAGCUUGCAUUGUCAGAUCCUUGCACUCUUUGUUUAAAACCUCCUUUUGAAAACGUCAUAACCGUAAAGUUCAUUUCUGUGGUUUCUUUUUUUUUUGGUUCUUGUGUUUAUC